AUAUGUGUACAGCCAAAAAAACAAAGGAAUGGCUGUGAUAACUUCCCUUUUGCCAAUCUCCUUUCUUUUUUGACGUGUAUAGAAUUCUUUGCUGCGAUUUGCGCCUAUUUUAACUGCAUGAAAUUUACGGAAUAGCCAACUAUUCUGCCCUUGUCUUGUCCAAAAGAGGAGAGAGGAGGAUGACGGAAGCCUAUCAUAAAAACAACCUUCUUCUUAUGUAUCAACACCCACCCCCACCCCCACAUCCACAUCCACAUCCACAUCCACGUCAACGCCAACGCCAACACCCAACCUCUUCCAGAGACCAUCAUGCCAAGCUGAAAAGACCACAAAGCUACACCUACUCUCCUUCAGAAAAACCCGUGUCUGUCGUUCAGAACAAUGCUGCCGCCGCAGGUAGCGUACAGCGUCCAAUCGCACGUGCUGCUUCCAUGACGCCUACCUUUAUGGAGAAAAGAAAAGAUCAACAGCAGCAAGCACCACGCCAUCGCCACAGCCACAAUGAUCGUCAGAGUAGUAGCGCUAGUCAUAGUACGAGUACGGCUACCACGACGACGACCAGUAAAAGCAAUGACGCCACUGAAGAGAACCAACAACAACAAUACAACCACCAGUUUCGCAAAAGUACGAGUUAUCUCCAACACGACCCAAACCUGCAUCCUCCGUUUAAAAAGAUAAGGCCAAGAAGUUUAAUUUCUACACCUCUAUCUGCAUCGACAACAACAACAACAACAACCACGAGCCCAAGCGCGAGGAUGUCAACCACCACAACGCCGACGACGAUGAACCAUCGACUUCGACCCACGCCAUCACCACAAAACAACAACAGCAGCUCUUCUUAUCGCAACAACAUCCAUCCCAAACGACGUAGUAUGACAGCCAUACCACCCUCGACCAGCAGUAUGAAAAGGUCCCACAGUCCUCCUGCUCUACCUUCACCGCCUCUCCUUGCUACCACCAGUAGUGGUAGACGAGCGAGUACAUCCAUAUUAUCAGCCUCUACUUUAGCCACUUCUUCUCCUUUUCCUCUCUUCACCUCCUCCGUACCAGCUACUCCCCGUAAGACACCUAUACCUACUACUACUACUACUACUACUACUACUACAACAACGCGUGCUACUGCUCCUGAUGCUGCUGUCGUUCAAACCACCCCCCACACGAAAUCAAAAACCCGGAAACGAAGGAAUUCAGUCAACGUGCUCGACGAUAAUAUGCCAUUGGCUGUUUUAGCGUAUAAAAAAGGCUAUAGUCAAGUGCUCGUACAGUCCGAUGGUGGUGGUGCUACUACCACGACGACGAACAGUGAUAUUCGUAGUAGUCCAUGUAUUUCGUCAUCAGAAGAAGAAGAAGAAGAAAAGAGCAGUAAAAUAGGUACAGAUAAAAGCAACCGUCAUCCUAGUAGUCAUACCAGCAGUCGUCACUUCUUCGGACGUACUACGGCUGGUCGUAGUAAACGGAAACAUCCUCAUCCUCCUCCUUUACACGAAAAAAGAAAGGAACAGCAACCCCAACCACAACCUCAACCACAACCACCACAACAGCAAAAGCAAAAAAACACAACCUCCACGAAAAAAAAGACGGCAAAAAGUCGAAUGACAAAGAUUCUAAAGAUGAAAUGGGUAUUCACCGUUUUCUUCAAAACAACCAACCACCGUAAAAAUGCAUAUAAAGGAUAGUCAUCAGUAGCAGUGCUACUCCUAACUCGUCAUUCUAUAUACAACUGAAUAGAACAAAACCGUCGCUCUAUGUAUUAUAAUA